ACAAGCAUUUAAGUUUAUAAUGGCCGGCAACUUCUGGCAAAGCUCGCACUCUCAGCAAUGGAUACUGGACAAGCAGGAUUUGCUGCGAGAACGCCAAAACGAUUUGCUGGCGCUCAGCGAGGACGAGUAUCAAAAGAUAUUUAUAUUCUUUGCCAAUGUCAUUCAAGUACUUGGGGAGCAGCUGAAACUGCGGCAACAAGUUAUUGCCACGGCAACUGUUUAUUUCAAGCGCUUCUAUGCGCGUAACUCAUUAAAAAAUAUUGAUCCGCUGCUGCUUGCGCCCACCUGCAUACUGCUAGCCUCCAAAGUGGAGGAGUUUGGCGUCAUUUCCAAUUCGCGCCUCAUCUCCAUUUGCCAGUCCGCUAUCAAGACCAAGUUCAGCUAUGCCUACACGCAGGAGUUUCCCUAUCGCACAAAUCACAUACUCGAGUGCGAGUUUUAUUUACUGGAGAAUCUUGACUGUUGCCUGAUUGUGUUCCAACCAUAUCGGCCCUUGCUGCAGCUGGUGCAGGAUAUGGGUCAAGAGGAUCAGUUGUUGACGCUUAGCUGGCGCAUUGUUAACGACUCGUUGCGCACCGAUGUCUGCCUGCUCUAUCCGCCGUAUCAGAUUGCAAUUGCCUGCCUGCAAAUCGCCUGCGUCAUAAUGCAAAAGGAUUCCACCAAGCAAUGGUUCGCUGAGCUCAACGUGGAUUUGGACAAGGUGCAGGAGAUAGUGCGCGCCAUUGUCAAUUUAUAUGAACUGUGGAAGGACUGGAAAGAGAAGGACGAGAUUCAAAUACUUCUGUCCAAAAUACCCAAACCCAAGCCGCCGCCACAGCGAUGAAAAAUACAAUAAAAUAUUUAUAUUAAAUUAAUUGUAUACUUUCUUAAGAAUAUAUU